AUGUUUGGCUAACAAAAAAUUAGGAAUACGAUGUUGUUUAUCAUGAUGGGCUCAACCCAUCAGCUCCAUGCAUAUUAUGUGCAUCAACAAUAUAUUCCCACGAUCAAUUCCAAAUCUAAUUCCAACUGUUAGAAGGCCAACAAUCCUAAGGCACAAGGAUGAGCGAAGUUUGCUCGCCUUACUUUGAUCCUGACUUUGAAAGCCUCCCUGAGAGAAUAUAUGGCCCAGCUUGUAGAGUCAACAUAGACAAUGAAAGCUUGGAGGAUUGCACCAUCUUAAAGAUUGAUAGCGUGAACAAGCAGGGCCUACUCCUGGAAGUGGUGCAGACUCUCACGGAUAUGAACUUAAUUAUAUCCAAAGGUUACAUUUCUUCAGAUGCUGGCUGGUUCAUGGAUGUUUUUCAAGUAAAAAAUGAAUUAGGCAACAAAGUCACUGAUCAAAGGGCUAUCAACUGCAUUCAGCAGGCUAUUGGUUCCAAAAGCUACACCAGCCUGAAGCCCAAGGCCCGAAUAAGCCCGUGCGAGUCCCAGCCCGACGAGCCCAAAGCAAUCGAGAUGACCGGAAAAGACAGGCCCGGCCUUUUCUCCGAGAUAUCCGCUGCCCUGGCCGACCUCGGCUGCAACAUCAUCGAAGCCCACGCGUGGAGCCACAACGCCCUCUUAGCCUGCGUGGCCCACAUUUCCAACAAGUCAAACGAUACCCCUAUCGACGACCACCGCCUCCACGUCAUCGAGGACCACCUCACCACCGUACUCCGGGCCACCACCUCCACUGGGCCCGGCAAUCCGGGCCCACAGGAAGUGAAGCCCGCGGGCCUCCCCAGGGGUGAGGAGCUGCUGAGCACCACCACACGAGUCGAGAGGCGGCUCCACCAGCUCAUGCUUUCUGGCCGGGACUUUGACAUGCCAGCCUGGCGAACGGGUAACCCGACUUUGUCCGAGGACGGCGAGAGGAGGGCCAGCGUGUCAGUCGAGAGCUGUAUCGAGAAAGGGUACUCGAUUGUCACCAUUGAGUGUAAGGAUAGGAGAAGGCUUUUGUUUGAUACUGUGUGCACUCUCACGGACAUGCAGUACGUGAUUUUUCAUGCCUCCAUAGAUUCUUGCCGAGGCUACGCGUUUCAGGAGUAUUUCAUAAGGCAUGUCGAUGGUUGUGCGCUAAACACAGAGGGAGAGAAAGAUCGGGUCAUAAAAUGCUUAGAGGCCGCCAUCGAACGAAGGGUCUGUGAGGGCGUUCGGUUAGAACUCUCUGCAUACAAUAGAGUUGGGUUGCUUUCGGACAUCACCCGAGUUCUGAGGGAAAAUGGGCUAGCGGUUGUGAGAGCAGAUGUUGCGACUCAAGGGGAGAAGUCGGUGAAUGCAUUCUACGUAAGGGAUAUUUCAGGGAAUAAUGUGGACCUGGAAUCCAUUAGGUCCAUGAAGAGAGAAAUGGGUGCAAUAGAUCUUGCUGUGAUAAGAGAGACGACACGUCCGCAGACGACCCCAGACGAACGCCCCAAGUUAUCAAUUGGCGAGAUACUCAGAAUUCAGAUCGAGCGCAUCUCAAACGGCUUCAUUGCCAUUAAAUGAAUAUGUGGAUAUGUAUAACAAGAUGCUUUUCUUAUGUCCUUCUUUCGUUUUUCAUUUUCUAGAUACCUUUACAAGAAUUCAGAUGUGUACAUAGCCCAAUCUGAUUAGUGAUGUGAUGUUAAAUUCAUGGUACAAUCAUUAGACCCUCGUCCUGCAAGCACAAGACUUAACUUCCACUGUUGCAUGUAAAGUAAUUGCUUUGUGGCUGAUAUAAACACUAUGCCUAGUUCAGCUGUGUUUCUUAAAUCAGUUCACCUUUUUUUUUUUUUUUCUU